CUCUUUAAAACUAAAAAGGUCAAUCGGUUUUAACGUAGCGGGCGAUAAAUUGAAGUUACUUUUCGAAAACACGGUUUCAAACUCUUGGAUGCGCAUAAUGCGGGCUGUUUGUGUAAAAGCGUCGACAGCGCGUUAAAGUCAAUGGCCUGAGAAUGAAAAAUGAUUGGUCUUUUUCUUUUAGUUGUUUUUAAUCAAAUGUUUUUGCAAAUAAAAGUUAUUAGUUGUGUUGUUUCGAUGGCGCGAAUUUCAGUUUCCAAUGAGGUCUGUGUUCACGUUUGCGCUUCGGUCGUCACAUGUUCCCUGUAGACUCCACCAGUGCGUCAUGACAUUUAAAGGCACGGAGGUUAGUUCACUACACAGCUGAGCUCACUGAAUUAUGUCUCAGCUGGAUAACAUACUGCCUACUGGAAGUGCAUGACUCUUUCUGGAUGUCCUGUGUGUGUGUGUGUGCGUGUGCGUGUGCGUGUAGGUCACUUUGGUCUGAGCUGAGUGAAAGAGCAACAAGCACCUGCAGGGCCCCCAUCAGCGGCCCAAACCCCAUUACUGCAGUAUGGGUAACUUUUCCAGCAAGGACAGCCAUGGACCCACAGAGUGAUGGGCCUGCUUCCAUGCCCGGUGUCCCCCAACUCCUUCCCCCUACCUCACUUCAACCUUCCCCUGGAGCACCGGUUUCAUCGCCACCUCCGGUCCCAGUCCUCGCAUCCAGUGGGAAGAAAGCGCAGCCAAGCACCUACCCUACCACUUCCAGUGCCGCUCCUGAUGUGAAGCCUCAUCCACCGGCCAGUUCAAAUAGCUUCACCUUUGGCCUUGGAGUUAGCCCACUGCACCACAAGUCAGGAAGUGCUGUGGGUAAAGGACAAGCUGCUUUGGGGAGGAAUGGUGGUCCUCCUACCUCCGGCCCUCGACCUCUGGCCUCCCGGGGGAAGACUGCGGCCAUCAGCCCCACAAAGAGCCCCUCCACUCUGUGUAGCGCCUCACCGGUGGCGGGCAGCUCUUCUGGGCAGAACUGGAGGGAAAGGGACAGCGGUCUGAGUCAGUCUUUGCUGCCGGCUCACAAAGCUGGGGACAGUCAGGGUCAGGAGCUGGAGAAGCUGCUGGAGGAGUGUAGGUCAGCACUGGGUAUCACUGCCAGUCAGGAUGGGGCCACCAACACGGCAGAGAUACUGAAGCAUCUACUGACAGAAGCGAAGAGUUUGAAGAGUACUUUGCAGACGGAGCGUGGGGAAUGGCUGCAGUUCCAGGCUGACCUACAGGUGGCGGUGUCAGUGGCGGACCGUCUGAGAGCCGAGGCGGAGGAAGAGCUGACUGCGCUCCGCACGGCGCACAAGGACGUGGAAAGGGAGCUGGCCGCGUCCCAGCAGAGACAGAAGGAGGCCGAUAUGCAACUGGUGACCCUGAGAGGGGAGCUGAAGCAGAGCAGGCAGAGACUGGCCGCUCUCUCCCAGGCUCCGUGUCAGGAACCAGAGAGGCCCAACGGAGAAGCAACCGACAUCCCCGAAAGCAAAGACGGGACCCAAAGGGGCAGAGAGACGGGGCUGCACAGGCCGGGGCGAGAAGGGACGGAAAGCAAGAGUCCCAAUGAAUCCACGAAGAAUGUCGAGGAUGCCAAAGCAGACUGUAAAGGUGUGACCAAGCGUUACCUGAGGAACGUGACCAACAAGGAGAGGAGUGGAGAGGAGGUGCGAAGGCCGGUAACCACGGAGAGGUCAAGGAGCCUUUCCAGAUUGCCUGCCUCCUCAGGCUCCCCCACCAUGCAGAAUGGAACUUCCCAGCCCCACACCGCCUCAACUGUUGGCCCUACAAACAAGAACUCGGGGCAACUGAGAGGCCGAAGAAGUCUGGAUUGGCAAGACAGCCGGUCGAGCACUGACACAGGAAAACGCGAGGAGUCUCUAAACAAGUACAACUCUACCCUCACUGAGCUGCCUCCCACCAAGUCCCAGGAUGGUUUCAACCUGCUGCUGCGUCGCCACGGAGGCUCAAAGAGGAACUCGCUGCUCCGUUGGUGUCAGAGCCGAACACAAGGCUACAUGAAUAUCGACAUCACCAACUUCAGCAGCAGCUGGGCCGACGGUCUCGCCUUCUGUGCCGUGUACCACACCUACCUCCCCUCACACGUCCCUUACACCACUCUCACUCCAGAGAACAAGCGGGAGAAUCUCAGCCUGGCAUUCAAAACAGGAGAGACUGUUGGGAUUGCACAAACCCUGACGGUAGAGGAGAUGCUGAGAGCAGGAGGUCCUGAUUGGCAAAGGGUCCUGAGCUACGUGGAGAGCAUCUACCAGCACUUUGAGAUGUGACUGCUGUCGGUAUACUGACAGACAAGCCCGUCAUAGUGGAUCCUUAAGGACUCUCCAAAGGAAACAAUAUCAGUUGUGAUGGCUUCCCCGAAUAUUAUAAUAUACCUAUUCUUGUGUGUCCGGAAACUGGAUGAACUUCUGUUAGUAAAAGCUACAAUGACUUCAUGUCAAAACAUAAAAAAAAAGGAUUUCAAAUUUCAACUGAAGUCCCCUCUGCUUGUCAUACGCUUCGGAAAAUGUCCUCUGACCAGAAGUGGUUUGUUUCCAUUCUUAUUUCUAAUAUACAUUAAAUCAGCUGCCAUUUGACUUACAUCAGUACGUAGUGAAGCAUUCAGACAUAGUGAAAGUAGAUAGCUUAUAUACGAAUCUGAACAACUGAGAAGGAUUAAUAAAACAUAUUUUUUAAUACAAAAUUUUACAUAUUUUAGCUUUUAAAAGACUAUUAGUGACCACAAUAAAGAACAUGUGGAUCUUUUUUUUUUUAUAGCAUCCUUAUGAGGAAGGUGUAUGUUUAGGCUGAGUUUCUGUAAAUGUCUCCACACUGGUACGUCACUGGCCAUAAGUACUGUAUAACAUCAUGUCCUUUAUCAAAUCUGUAAGCAGUCCUUAAACUGGUCGUUGUUUUACCCGCCAAUGUGUUUUACCUUUUAAGCAUGUCUGUUAUGCUCCUCAAAGAUUCUACUUCAUCCUGGACCUUUUAAGCACUCUGUAAAUAUGCACUUUUGUCGACACCUUGUUGGUGUACGAAUGUAAUAAUGUACAGUACAGAUGUUGCAUAACUGCUGGUUAGUCUUCUACGGGCUCGGUAGGUAUUCAGUAGAAAAGGCUGCAGACCAGUCAGAAGAUUUGUCAAGUUCAACUUUCGGUUUAACAGACAGCUCGUGUUUUCUCACAGUAACUGCAGCGACUGAAUGACAAUGAUCAAAAUCUAAAAAAGUGCCUCCACGUCAACUAAAGUGGGCCAACGCUGUCGAGGUGCUCAGGGAUGUGCACUACAGGAGUGAAAUAAAAGCAAAACACAAGCCCACACAGGCUUGUGCAUCCGGUUGCAACAUCAUCGCACAGACGCAUCCUCGCACCACACGCCAGCUGAGAAACUGAAAAACAAGUUUCAGCAGGUGUAAAGCGGAGUUUGUUGCCAAAGUAACACCAUUGUAAAAUUGUUUAUAUGUAACUAGUGUGAAAAGAAUAAUACCAAAGAAAAUAAAAUGUUAAUAU